GGGACAGCCCAGGACAGGGGCCAGCCCAGGCAGGGAAGUCUGCCCACUAGCCGGCACCUCCCACAUGCAAUCAUGUCCUCGUAAACCUGGUAUAGAAAUCGAUGAUGGUGUCUGGAAUGCUCAUCAGUGUUUCUCCUCUGUUCUCAGACACCCUCUCACCAGCUUCGAGCCCCUCGUCGGUCACUUACCCGGUGGCUCCCGGUAGUGUUGAUGAACCUUCCAGCAUAGCCUUGAACAUUGAAUGUAGAAUCUGUGGGGACAAAGCCUCAGGCUACCAUUACGGAGUUCACGCGUGUGAAGGCUGCAAGGGUUUCUUCCGGAGAACCAUCCGGCUGAAGCUGGCCUAUGACAAAUGUGACCGCAGCUGCAAGAUUCAGAAAAAGAACCGGAAUAAGUGUCAAUACUGUCGUUUCCACAAGUGCCUUUCGGCCGGGAUGUCCCAUAACGCAAUUCGCUUUGGACGCAUGCCAAGAUCUGAAAAAGCAAAACUGAAAGCGGAAAUUCUCACCUGUGAACAUGACCCAGAAGAUGCAGAAACGGCAGAUCUGAAGUCCCUCGCCAAGAGAAUUUACGAGGCCUACCUCAAGAACUUCAACAUGAACAAGGUCAAGGCCCGGGUCAUCCUCGCAGGGAAGGCCAGCAAUAACCCGCCCUUUGUCAUCCACGACAUGGAGACAUUGUGUAUGGCUGAGAAGACUCUGGUGGCCAAGUUGGUGGCCAACGGCAUCCAGAACAAGGAGGCGGAAGUCCGCAUCUUCCACUGCUGCCAGUGCACGUCCGUGGAGACCGUCACCGAGCUCACCGAGUUCGCCAAGUCCAUCCCUGGCUUCGCCAACUUGGACUUGAAUGAUCAGGUCACUUUGCUGAAAUACGGAGUUUAUGAGGCCAUAUUUGCCAUGCUGUCUUCUGUGAUGAAUAAAGACGGGAUGCUGGUAGCAUAUGGAAAUGGUUUUAUAACUCGUGAAUUCCUAAAGAGCCUAAGGAAACCGUUUUGUGAUAUCAUGGAACCUAAGUUUGAUUUUGCAAUGAAGUUCAACGCGCUAGAGCUGGACGACAGUGAUAUCUCCCUUUUUGUGGCUGCUAUAAUUUGCUGUGGAGAUCGUCCCGGCCUUCUAAACGUGGGACACAUUGAAAAAAUGCAGGAGGGCAUUGUGCACGUGCUCAAACUUCACUUGCAGACCAACCACCCAGACAACACCUUCCUCUUCCCAAAACUCCUUCAAAAAAUGGCAGACCUCCGGCAGCUCGUCACAGAGCACGCGCAGCUCGUGCAGGUCAUCAAAAAGACGGAGUCUGACGCCGCCCUGCACCCGCUGCUGCAAGAAAUCUACAGGGACAUGUACUGAGGGCUUGAAAGUGAAACACACAAGCCACGUGCCAAGGACUUCUAAAGUCAACAGCACUACAGAUGGGAAACGGGAGCAACAUCGCUUUGCACAAAUUCCACCAUUUUCACCUCAGAGAAUGGGACGGAUGAGCCCUAGGUAACUGGAACCCUAGACCACAUUUCUUUCUUUUUCACACCAGUACUUCUGAGAACGUGCAAAGUAUUAAAAUGCUGGUGACAGGUAGCUGAUAGGCAGUUCUUAGAAAAUUAAGGGGAAUGAUGCCCAGCGGUCUGAUUUUAACUCACCUGAUAUUAAUCGAUGCAGAUUUCUUGAUAUCACAUGAGUAACAUAGCGCUGAAUUAACUGGUGACCUCGAAAUACGUGGUCUGUCUUCGCCUUUUGCUGCCUUUUGACUGUUGCGCUCCCUUAUCAUUUUAAAAACUAAUCAGCACUUUUUAACUUUUAUAAUCCUGUAAAUCUAGAUGAAUCCAAAGGUUAGGUGUUUUUAAAAAACAGCAAAAUAUUUAUUGGGAAGACUCUAAUUCUGUUUCCUGAAUUUGAAGACAGACAACGUGCUGUUUCUUAAUCAUAGGAUUUAAAAUUUCAGAGGAUUCUUUGAUAAGCUAUCCAAACACAGCAGUCGGUUGGUUUUCACUGUGUUCGUGGUUGUGACUUAAUAGGGCGGAAGGGCCUGUUUCCAGGUUUGUAUAGAAGAUCCCAGAAAGCCGCAUCUCAAGACUCCCCCUGGACUCGAUGCUCUGCCUGUUUCAAGCUGGCAUCUGGAGUCAGCAGGAGCAAGACAAACGGAAACCUCAAAGAUCAUUUCUCAACCCGGUCUGGUUAUGAAAGCAGUGUUGAUAGUGGUUUUCGUCCCAGAGCAUAUGGACCUGGAAAGACUCUUUCUGUCCACCGUGGUACGUAAAUGUCCUGUCAGGGGAUUUACAGCAGCCCCGCCCUCCAGGCCAGCCCGACCUGAGCUGACACCUCUGCAGGGGUGUCACUAGCCACCUGCCCCUGACCCCCUGCCUCAUGGCAGCUCGUCGUAGCACCUGGUUGUGCCUUCGGCACCCCUCCCCCUCCGUCUCUAGAAAACGUGGCUCUAGAAGGUCGCUAUACUUGCUCUGGAAGAAUGAUUAGGAUUGAAAUUGAUAAAGUUCCCAAGGUCAGCAUCAUGGAAAUUCAACAGGAGAGAGAACGAUAAAACUGUAAGGUUUCAACUAGAAAAGGCGAACACAUGUGCCCGUGCAAACGGGCACAUCCUCCUCAAAAUUAAACCUUAGUGGUAGUUUUCAUUUUUAUUUUGUUGAGAGAGCCAAUCAAAGGAUCUGUUGGAAGCAGAUAAAAGUAUUUCCACGUAUGAAUGAUACCUGUCCAGAGGUCAUCCCAAGUCAGAGGGCACGCACAUCCAUGUGGGCCUUCUUCCCUAAGACAAGGCCCCUCGGGCUGGUGCCACGUCUGUGUUGCCUCUGUCGACCACUGGCCUCUCUUCUCAGGUGUCCCAGGUAGAUGCCAUUGGCGGACGUGGCCUCAGAAAGGGACCCUCAAGACCCAGGCUUUCAGAAAAGUCACUCGCUCUGGUUCUGUUCUCAUAAAACUUAUUUUUAAAAGCUCUUUAUUUCAUGCAUUCUGCCGCCGAAGUCACCGGGUUCUGUACUGCUAGUGUUAGUGAGCCUUUGGCUCUCUUGGGGCCCGGCUAGACUCCCAGCGAUGUUCCCGGUGAGGCCACGAAGGAGGCUGCAGAGAGCGCAGCUCGAAAGUCACUUGAAUUCGUUCACUGGUACCGAUGGGAAGAAAAUCACAGAUUCCCGUUCAUUUUAAGUAACAGUCACUGAUUGCCACGCAGAAUGUUCGGGCCAUCUAAUCAAAGAUUUCUCAGUCCACCGACAGAUACGGACAAAUUAUUCGCCCGUUCAGAAUACUGUCGCAUUUCCAGUAGGGACUCGUUAAAGCGCAUUUAUUGCCUGCUGGAUUUCAGCAGACGUCAGCAUGAAGUGGGGUAGAUGUGACAGAACAGGUUCGAGAAGCCUCAGACCAGAGCACGGAGCCCCUCCUCUGCUGGGGAACUCGGCCCGCGGUGCAGCUCCCCUCACUACCACCUUGAUGCCCUUCGGCAAGUCACUGUUUGUAGCCACAAGUGCCACAUGCCUCAGAGACCACAAAAUUACAACCAGCCUUUGUCUGCAGGGCUGACAAGGAACGAAUCCUGAACUCAGCAGGCAGCUCCAGCUCCGGAGCUGGCCUGGCCCGCUCUCCCCAGUCCCACAGCGUCCCUCCCUUUCGUCCUCCCGGGCAUUUCCAGCUGGGUGUCCCACACACGGAAUCCUGCCCCUGCCACCUUGAGGGCUGCACACACCAGUGGCCGUUUUGGGGAAGCCCAGCAUCAUCAAAACCAGGAUGCUGGCAACUGCAUCAGCACAAGUGAGAGGCAGGGACAGUGUGGGAAUCAUCAAAGCGCCAGUGAGCCGCUUUCUUCCCGCCUUGCUCUCGAGUUUCCCUGUGGCCUUCCUGUAACUCUCGGAUGAGAUGCACUCCAAGCAUCUCCCUAAAGAGUAGGUGUACAUAUGUCAAUAAGAAUGUGAAGUCCAGGAGAAGAACCUUGGUGCAUGGUGCAUUCAGGAAUGCUUGUGAGAGCUAUCCUUGUUUUAAAGGGACUCUUCAUUUUAAGAGCAAGCAUGUAUCUUUCUGCAUUUCGGAUGCAUUUCUUACACUGGGCCAUCUGAAACUCUAAGGGAGCGAACAGCCUCAAGGAUCAUGUGGGGGUUCCAGAGACAGGACAGCGUCCUAAGAUCUGAGCAGAAGCUCAAGGCACAAGUAAAAUCCUUUGUUUAAUGUGCGAUAAGUAGAUUAUUAAUUUAGCAACUACUGUUUCCCCAAAUCUACAGCAUAACAGCUACCUCAAUAUGAUACAUCAAAAGGCACAGUUAAAAUUAAGGUACACGAAACACUCGGGGUCCUUUUGGAGCACCUACAGUCAGAUCAUUUAUGAGUAAGAUUCAGAAGUUACACACCUUUGCUUGAUUGCACGCUGAGAGGCAGAAGGUCAUGUGACUUCUUAAAGGCACUUCGGUUGAGCCUCCAAGAUACACAUGUGCAGAAGUUGCUGCCCCCAGUUUGGGUGAGUUGGAGCAUGACCCAGGUCUGGAAGUGGGAACAGUCACUGGCCGCAGUGACCCGCCCUGUGGAGGGCCUCCCCUGCUCCUCGGCUGCACCUGCUGGCUGAGGCAGCCUGCUCAGGGAGAGACCCUGCCAGAUGAGGCUGGAAGCAGAUGCCUCCGGGCCGACUUAGCCGGGCUGUGACUUUUCAAGGCGCACUUGGGCCUCCUUGCUGCUUCUGGGCACUUCCUUCCUCGUGCUCCCUUCUUCAAGCCACAGCAGCACCAAGCACAUUUGAUACCUAGCCACUGCAUACACGAUGGAGGGUGGUUUUUUGAUUUGUUUUUGUCUCGACCCAGUGGCCACACCCGUCUCUGGAAUGUCUUACAAAUGCCUGUUUCAAGAGGGGUACACUGUUUUGACCAACCUGCACUGCAGGUGUUCCUGGAGGGGUCACUUACUGAAAGCCUUUAAGUUCACAGCAGUGUGUCCAUUCAGGAUGGCAAGGACAUCCCACUGUCUGUGGAAGUCACCAGCUACGAUCGGUGCCAGCCACCGAGGGCUUACUGAUUAUUAAGUGUCCGUGGAAGUUUCUUCCCACGUACCCAGUCUUUAUAGCACGGGCACAGCCCAGCACCGGGUGACUUCAAAGCCAGGCUCUCUGUACUUGUUCUUCUCCUUUUAAAAAAAAGUGGCCCAGCUUCUCUUAACUCUUGGUCCAAGCUGAUGUAUAGGGUUCCCCCUGGGAUUAAGGAUUCUUGCCAGGCUCCAAAGGUUGAGUCUACAUUUUUUGCUGGGAUAUAUAUAUGCCAUUUUAACACAAUUCAGGAAAAUGGUCAUUGACCCCCAGCCUGUGACACACACCAGAGUAAGGAUAAAGGCAGUGAACUUUCCUCUGACUCAGGAUAGAGGAGAUCCAUUACAUUUCUCUGGAAACCACAAUGCAAAUUAGAGGGGAUAUUGAAAGUUGAAAAGACAAUGAGUCUUCAUGCGUUAGUUUAAAGAAUUACAGAAUUCUUUCCGUGAUGCUGUUUUGUGGAGUGCAGCUGGGUGUCUUAAUACUUCCAUGGAGUGGGCUGAAGCUCAUAAAGGCUGUGGGUGUGGCCCACGUAUCCGGACAGCAACUGAGAGGCUAGCAGCCUGAGGCCUGGGACACCUUCUCAGGUCUAGCAUGGGGCUUUCAGCAGACCAUUUGCUUUUCAACAUUUCAGGCUGAGACAAAGACAAGUGUCACCGUGUAACUACCCCACCUCGGGAAAACGGGGGUGGGGAGGACGGGGACCAUAUAAUGUGGCUCAGCUGAAAUACAUACAGCCACAUCCUUUUGGAAUUCCUUGCCAAACAGAACAGACCAAACUGCACCCAUGUUCAAUGUCACGUCUUGAUUGAAGCAAUGGAGAAUGUCAAGAACUCCAGUGGCCCCCUAGCUGUUCAAUGCCUUAUUUGCCAAAAAAAAAAAAGAAAAACCACUAAGAAACUUUUUUUCUUUUAACAUCAGAGAUAGGGUUAAGACCUGGAUCAGGUUUUUUUAAUUUAAAAUGUUUGCUAUUUUGGGUCAAAUGUGAAGAACUUCCCCAAGUGCUUCUCUGGAGAAGGAAUAUACUAGCCUCCUCCUCCCUUACCCUUCUCCCCACACCCAACAUCUAAACUUUGCUAAUUCGACAAACUGCGGCACCAUGGAGACCAGUGCAGGGACCCGCCCUCCACCAUGAGCCCGGAGGUGAGGGCUCUUGCCCCCAGGGGGGUCCUCCGGCCUCAGCAUGGCCUCCUCAGGGCAGGGAGGUCAAGCUUCGGGCCCUGAAGACAAGUGAGUGACCGAUCUUUCCAAAGUAAAAUCAUUCACUUUUGGAAACUAUCUUCUCUUUUUAAAAGCACAGACAGUCUGUUCCUUUUAUUCAGGCCUAAAAAACAAAGGAAAAAAAAAAAAGUACCUCACAAUAGAUGAAUACCACUCAGUACCCUUUCCAGUAAGGUCACAGUAUUUGUGUUUGUCAUUUUUCCUACACUGUAUGGUAAAAUGAACUAUGUUAAUAGCUAUAUCUUAAAUACUGUGAUUCAAGUUUAAGAAAAAUUUUAGUGUAUUUUACUAACUUACAAUCAUGCAUCUAAUAACAAAGAUUUGGAUUCUUUUGAAAUCAGUAUUAGUUGACACACACUCUUAGUAGCCUGGCUCAUGGAACCUACUGGAAACACAAAGGAUGCUGGAAUAUAACUGACAUACAGUUGCACACACAUGUGCACACACACACAGCUUUUUGUCUCUCCCAAGCCAUGCAGAAUUUUAUUUCCCCGUGUAAAUCUGUUCCCUUCGUCAUGAGUCACAUGCGAGUACAAGCGAGUUUGUUUUCACCGUCUCUUCUGGCAAGGGGGCCAGAGACCCAGGUCCAGAGUCACUUACUGCUCCCAGCAGUGUCCUGCUGAAGACCUGAACUAUUCCUGGGUCGUGGGUCACGGUCUGUUCUUCAGGAAAUUAUUACCUGUGGGUUAUUACCAAAGCACUCAGGCAAUCUGAAAUCUUCGGGUGGGAUAUUUGCACCGCUGGUUCUCUGGCAGCCCCCAGAUGGCCCAGCCCGAAGCAUACAAUGGAAACCACAGACCCCGUGAGGCUCCUGUGGGUCGUUCGCAGUAUCUCGGCAGAACUUCUUGAUGUCCACAGGGCCAUGGCACUGAGAGUGUCUGACUGACACAUGUCAGAACAUCAGAUGGAUGCCGAUUUCCAAAGCAAGACUGAGCUUGGUUUCUUGGUGUGUUUGUUACCACUCUGGUGCCUUAUACUCUCCCAAGUAUUCAGGGGCUGACAGACCCCUCGUCUUCAUACUAAACAGGAGCAGUUCCAAAGCAGAUCUUUUAGAGCAGGUUCUGGGGUUCUCUCUCUGGGUCUGGAGAGGAGGGCAUCCAUCCAGGGCCUCAGGGAACAGGGGUGUGCACAGAAGAGCAAAUGGAAUCUUCCGAGUCACAUUAACCAAUAGCGGUUCCAAGCAAUUAGAAAAUGACUGUAACUUUAAUUUUUAAAAAAUCUUCGGUCUUAUUCUGUUUCCUGCUAGGAGAUUGAAUUGAUCACGUAUGUUGAUUAAUAUCCUGAAUUUAUGGGAAUGUACAGGUUUGGAAUGUCCUACUGUAAGACUGAUGAAUGUAAGGAGUUAAUUUCAGGGUAUAGUGUUGCCUUAAUGGUUUUAAAAAAUAAAACUCUUUUUUAAAAUUGG